UCUCUGCAUGCUUGUUCUGCUGCUGAGCCAGUCGCUGUUUGGAGAAGUCUGGACCGUGCAGCUUCAGAAAUGAAGAGGGAGAGAAAGCUACUUCACUGGAUCUCCUGGAUUGUGUUGGUGACAGCGCUGUUCUUUCUGGGCUUCAUCUUAGGCUGGUUUGCAAAGUCCACACGAGGAAAGAACGAAACCCGCGAAGCUUCCAGUCGGCAUUUGAAGGAGUUUCUGGAUGAAAUGCAGACGGACCACAUCAGAGAGCACCUCAGGAAAUUCACACGUCUCCCCCACCUGGCCGGCACAGAGCAGAACCUGAAGUACGCAGAGCAGAUCCGGACCGAGUGGCUGCAGUUUGGACUGGACUCAGUGGAGACGGUGCCCUACGAUGUUCUGCUGUCCUAUCCGAACAAAUCACAGCCAAAUUACAUCUCCAUAGUGGAUCAUCUCGGCAAUGAGGUUUUUAACACUUCCCUGGCCGAGCCAGUUCCCGAGGGUUAUGAGGAUGUUUCUGACAUUGUCCCGCCAUACAACGCCUUCUCUGCUAAAGGACACCCUGAGGGGGAUCUGGUGUACGUGAACUACGGUCGGACAGAAGACUUCUUCCACUUGAAGAAGAUGAACGUCAGUGUGACCGGGACGAUUGUGAUUAUGAGAUAUGGGAAAAUUUUCAGAGGCAAUAAGGUGAAGAAUGCCCAGUCAGCUGGAGCGGUCGGGAUCAUUCUGUUCUCUGACCCAUCGGAUUACUCUGCUAAUGGAACCAAGGCUUACCCCGACGGCUGGAACUUGCCCAGCGGAGGAGUGCAGAGAGGAAAUGUUCUCAACCUGAAUGGAGCCGGAGAUCCACUGACGCCAGGGUACCCCGCUAAAGAAUACACCUACAGGCUCAGCAUGGAGGAUGGAGUCGGACUUCCUAAGAUCCCCGUGCAUCCAGUCUGUGCUGACGAUGCCGUGAACUUGCUGAAGCACAUGGGGGGCCCGGCUCCACCCAGCAAUUGGAAAGGGGGGCUGAGUGUCUCCUACAGGAUUGGUCCCGGCUUUCUGGACGGCUUUUCUAAAAACCGGACGGUGCGUAUGAACAUCCACACAAACAACCGAGUCACCAGGAUCUAUAACGUCAUUGGAAGGAUUCACGGAGCUCUGGAGCCAGACAGGUAUGUGAUUCUGGGGGGGCACCGUGACGCCUGGGUGUUUGGAGGAAUCGAUCCCAUGUCGGGGGCUGCAGUCGUCCACGAGAUUGUCAGGAGUGCAGGCAGGCUGCUGAGCAAAGGCUGGAGACCCAGGAGGACUAUAAUCUUUGCCAGCUGGGAUGCUGAGGAGUUUGGACUUCUGGGAUCUACAGAAUGGGCAGAGGACAACGCCAAACUGCUGCAGGAGAGAGCUGUGGCCUACAUCAACGCAGACUCUGCCAUAGAGGGGAUGUAUACUCUGAGAGUGGACUGCACGCCGUCUCUGCACACGCUGGUGUACGAUCUCACUAAGCAGAUAGCCAGCCCAGAAGAAGGGGAAGAGGCAGUUUCUCUUUACGAGAGUUGGCACAAGAGAGACAACUGGACAAAUGACCGCGAUGCGCCCAGGAUCAGUAAACUUGGCUCAGGCAGUGAUUUCGAGGCCUAUUUCAUUCGUCUGGGAAUAGCAGCAGGCAGAGCCAGAUACACCAAGAAUAAGAAAUUAGAGCAAUACAGCAGCUACCCAGUGUAUCACAGCGUGUACGAAACCUUUGAGGUCGUGGAGAAGUUCUACGACCCGUCCUUCAGGAGGCUCCGGGCGGUGGCCCAGGUGAGAGGGGGGCUCAUCUUCCUACUGGCCGACUCCCAGCUGCUCCCUCUGGAUGUCAACCAGUACGCAGACUCCCUGCGGAAAUACACACAGAGCAUCUCGCAGCUGGCACAGAGCCAUCCAGAAGGGAUGGAGAUGUACGAGGUGUCGUUCGACUCCCUGUUCUCUGCAGUGCAGAAUUUCACGGAUGCAGCCAGAGAUUUCCACAGUCGUCUUCAGUCACUUAACAGAGAAAACCCUCUGCAGGUCCGUGUCAUGAACGAUCAGCUCAUGUAUCUGGAGAGAGCCUUCAUAGAUCCUCUGGGCCUUCCCAGCAGGCCCUUCUACAGGCAUGUGAUUUUUGCUCCCAGCAGCCACAAUAAAUACGCAGGAGAGUCUUUCCCUGGGAUCUAUGAUGCAUUGUUUGACAUUGAGAACUCAGCUGACCCACAGAAAGCCUGGGAAGAAGUGAAGCGGCAAAUCAGCAUAGCGGCGUUCACGGUCCACGCUGCCGCCAUGACCCUGAGACCACCUGCAUGAUCCCGAGAGUACAAAAAAGCACCGUUA